UCUAAUUAACUAAUGAAAAUUUUCAACAAUAUCUACCUAAAUUCAUAUCAUUUCUGCAUUACUCUUACUCGCAUACAAUGACCAAUACGUUUCUGAAAAUUGCCGAGGUUCUUGACAUACUGCCAUGUGAAUUUUACAACAAGUACAGAAAAUGGCACAUUCUACAUACAACAUUUACGAUUGUUUCAAGUCUAUACGUCUUAAUAUACGUAUUGUAUACAACAUAUUUGGUUAUGAAUGUAUAUCAAAAUCUAAUUUUACUAUUCAACACGUCUGCGACUGUGUUAAUAAUAAUUGUUGCAUUCAACACCCUGCUGCAAAACUUGUGGCUAAAAUCUAAGAAACUGCAGGAUAUGCGGAAGCAUUUUAAAGAAUUUGAUGCAUUACUGCCAGUGCAUUGUCGACAAUAUGUGAAGAAAUACACAACAUUGCAAGCAAUAUUAUUUUAUGGAUCAUAUAUGUGCAGUUCAGUUGCAUUACACUGGAUUCUGGGUAGAUUACCUACUGUAACAAGUAUUAUAGAAGACAUUAUGUUCAUGUAUUUUGCAUGUAUGAUGUCGACAAUAUGGAGCUUUCUUGAAACAGUAAGAAAUCAAACAAAGAAUCGGAACUACUUUAUUAAAUCUAUUUUCAACAAUAUUUAUGCAGUUAAAGUUAAAACAAUACAAAAUAUAAAUUUUGGUCAAAACAUAGAAACGUGUACUAAAAUGAUAUUGUUAAAUUCUAAAGUUACAUAUUCCAUUAAUGAAAUAUUUGGUUUCAACAUUUUCGUAUUAACUAUCAACUCACUGCUACAAUUGUUGCUCAUUUUAAAGCUAUACAUACAAGUUUUUAAAUAUCUUUAUUUGAUUGCUCUUUUCCAUUGUCUUUACAUGCUGUGUCAAGUUAUAUAUAUAAUCAAAUUAUCUCAAGAAAUAGCGAAUGAAAACAAAAAUACAACGCAAUUGGCUUACGAAGUAAUGCCCAACAUGUCAAACGAGGUAGAAAUAUCUCAGUGGCACGACUUUAUAAAACAAACAGAAAUUCUACGUCCAGUUUUAACAGCAGAUGGAUAUUUCAAUCUGGAUUAUGAUCUUUUGUUUAAAAUGCUACAGUUGCUCAUAACUUAUGUUGUAGUAUUGAUUCAAAUGAAAUAAUUCUGUUUAAAAUUUGUUUAUUUCUGCUGAUUACAAACAUUUCCAAAUCUAGCACACUGUCUUUGCGUUGAAGCAGUAAAUAUUUCAAUGCUAUGCAAAUUAUAAAUUCACCACAUAAAUUGCUGACAUGCGCCUAAUAUUAUUUCUUACAAUCUAAACAAAUUUCGUCGCGUGUGUUGGCAUUUGAUGGCAUCGUCGUUCAAAUCAUUAUUAACACUCCCUAAAUGCGUUAAUUAUGCAUCUAAAACUGUGCAUAUUCCUCCUCGUCGCAUAUUCGCCGAUGCUGAUCUCAUCAGAGGAGAGCCAAUUUUCAAUUAACAACAACAAAGCCAUCCAAUACGUCAAUGAGAAGUUUAUCAGUUUUUCCGUGGACCCAGCCGUGUUCUUCUCCCGCCUGCCACACAGGGAUAUCCUCUUCAAAUUAAUUACGCAUCUGUCGCCGGCAUAUCUGCGCGUGGCCGGCUCGUCCACGCAGUUUUUGGAGUUCAGCGCCGACGAGCGCAAAGCGACGAAGAUAAUUAGCGAUGACUCUACCACGCUCACGUUCAGCCCGGCGAUGUGGUGGUCGCUGAAUGAGUGGAUGCAGAAAACUAAUUUCACGCCGAUUUUCGGCAUCAACGAUGACGCGUACAGCUCCGGCGAAAAAUGGGACCCGAAGCGGGUUUUACCACUUUUGGACAUGACUGCCAGGAUGAACAUUAAUUGUUGGUGGCAGAUAGGAUUUGAUUGUAGUCAAAAGGGAUUUGAGAGAUACAAAGAGGAUUUAAAGACUUUCCGAAAGAUUUUAGAUGCUUUCCCAGCGAAAAAGGAUAAGUGGCAGAUAGUUGGAAGCGAUUUGAGUAAGUGCACUCCAUCGGAUCACCCGGAGAUUCUCCGGAUGUACUUGGCCGACUUGGACGACGCCGAUACCAUCGUCUGGGAAGAAGAUGAAAGUAUUAUAUCCAACUUUCUGAGCGGAGGAGUUAUGGAAACCAUGUUAGGUUUUCAUCAGGCUACUGUCCCAAUAUGUUUGUCCACUUCUAAAAGUCAACAUCCCAUUGGGUUCGAAGAUGGCAUCAACUGGGCUGUAGAAAUUGGUGAAGCUGCCCGAAAAGGUUUUUCUGUUAUUUUCCGAGAACCACGCCUGCAGGAGUAUUAUUCAGCUACACCAGCUUACUGGGUGACAGUUCUUCACAAAUCCUUAAUGGGUCGUAAUGUUUUGGAUGUUAAAUCAACAUCGCUGACUCAAUCCACCGCUAGGAUCUACGCACAUUGUGCUAGAGAUCAAAACAGUUUCUCUGUUCGUGGUGCACUUACCAUUAUGAUAGUUAACAAUGGAACUGAAGCUCACAAAGCUGCUUUUCGCAUUCCAACGCAACUUAAAAGCGUCGAAGUGAGGUCCUAUACACUAACAUCAUCAGAAAAUACCACGGACACUUACUUAAACAACGAAAAACUUUCCUUGGAUAACUUCAAACUGCUUCCGAAACUGCGACGCGCAAAGGUUUUGACUCAUUUGAUACUCACCGCACCCGCCAAGUCGAUUUCGUUCUUCGUGCUUCCUGGCGCAAAAAUUCCAAUUUGCAUCGACAACGAAGACGACACCGCCAUGAUCCUAGAGGAAAUUGAUCGUAUCCAAGCAGUAGAUUUUACCGACAGCGGAAAAUCCGCCGAAGGAUUGCUAAGCAGAUUGAAUGCGCCGCGCGUUUCCGUUUCGCUCGCUGACUUACAUCGCAAGCUGCAGGAAGAGUUUAAGACCGACGCGUCAUUGGUUCCGAAAUUAAAACUCAAAUCACACUUACCCACAGAAGACUGGAAGCAGUUGUCGGGGAAAAUCGCCCAGAAGAUAGAACCAAAUAGUAUAACACCAAUGCCAGGAAUGCAUGGAAUUAAACAUUUUAACUUCUUGCUAGAUAAAACUAAAUCUGAUGUAAAACCUGUGAAAAAUCUCGAUUUCAAAAACUUGCUUAAAAAAGACAACGAAAGAAAGGAUGAUAUUCUCGGGAGUGCUUUAAAACCAAACUCGGAAUUGAAAACACAUUCGAAACCGACUGAUUUAGAUCUAAACUUGAACAGUGCAGAAGUUUUCAAGAUUCUAGGCGAUAGAGCUAAAGCCAAACUAGAGAAAAAAAUGGGUUUCACUGAGUUUGAGUUUGAUUUAGAUGGUAUGCUGGAAAAGGCGUUAAAAGGCAAGUUUAGGCGUGAUAUCAACAUGCGAUUAUUAGACGAAAAAGUGCACGACCAAGAACUGAAAGAACAUAAAUCGUUAUUGCCGUCAUUAAUAAAGAAAAAGAAGAAACCAGAUACUGCCGCAGAAUCUACAGAAAUUGAAGGACUUCCAGAUAUGACCAAAAUUAUACCUGGAUUUGAGAAACCCAAAGCAAAAUCAUCAUCCAUUUCCGAAACAUCAAUUUUUGGCAAUAAAGCAUUACCAAAACUGGAUUUGUUUGGUGGUAUGGAAAAACUGGACUUGCAGUCAUUGCUAUCGUUGUUGGGAAGUAAAGCAACAACAGAACAAUCCACAACUUCUACAAAUAAAGAACGCAAAACUGAAUUUAUAAAGAAACCGGAUCUUUAUGAUAAACAUGAUUUUGAACGGCAGUUUCAUGUACUAGAAGAUGAUUUGAACGGUGGGUCAUUUUUUGACCAUUUCGGAGAUUCUAUUAGUGUACAUCCCAAAAAAUCAGAAGAGAAUAAGAAGCUAAGAUCCGGUUGGGAUUUCGAUGACACAGAGUUUGUUAUUCAUGAUUUUUCUACGGAACAAUCCCUCAAUAUCUUCAGACGUCCGAGGGAAACCAAAGAUCAAAUAGAUGAAACCCCACACCAACCUAAUAAGAUUAUAAAAGAAUACCAACCAAAGAUGACUUUGGACGACUGGCGCCCGGAAGAUAUGCUGAAAUUACCACAGUUGCACUCUACAUACCAGGUCGACGAACACGACAAUCAGAUCUCAUUCAAGGACAUCCCACGAAGUCGCUCCUCGUUUGGUUUAGAAAACGCCGAGCGAAUCAAUAUCCGUAAAGCGCGUCGCGUUGCCGGCGAGAUCGACUCCGUCGAGAACGCCAUCGACGGCUUCUUCAACACCAUCGAAACGGAUACGAAAUUCAUCAAACCACUACUUGAUAAGGAAGGCGAGUACACGAUCGUUUUGCCAACGCGCGAGAAACUAUCACUCAUGCAUGAGGCGAACGGCGACACUGAGCUCGUGCUGCAUCGUGACGCAGCGCGAAUGAGUGUACAGACGGAACAACUCGAAAACAAAGAUAAUCAGGUCGAUGAUAGCACGUGCCCGGCAACCGAUCUCUACCCAGAGGAGACACUAAAGAAUGCGUUCGAGCAUGCCAAGCAUGACGCUUCCACUAACGAUGGCAAUAGCAAGAUUACCCCCAAGAAGACAGAUGAUGUGCAAGACGUUGGCGAGAAACGCGUGAAUCGCAGCGAGUACGUGCAGAAGAUCCCUCUCAAGUCCAAGAAAUCGAAGCAGGAGCAAGAGCAGGAAACAAGUGAUUAUAAGUACAAUUUGGGCUUCGUGACAAAGAUAGUGAAUAGUUUCAGUACAUUCAUGAAAAAACUCCACAAGAAAAUGGACUCCAUCUUCAGCGCUGUGGAAUAAUCACGUCCGGUUUAUACAAUUGAAUCUUUUUCUAUGUUUAGAUAUAUUAUUUUUACGACGUUUUAUUUGCACGGUCGAUAUUAUGCUAUAUUCAGGAGAAUAAAUAUGUGACAAUCCACUUAGCCUCUAAGACGCACAACAAAUACCAAUAAAAAUGGCAUAAAGCGGGUUUCACUUAGCGCGGUUCUUCAUUGUUACGUGCGAUGCAUUACGAUCCGUAACCCUAAUGCUCUGAUUUAUUGUCGAUAAAACGGUGACCAGCGCGCGGCUUAGCGAAGGAUUAAUGGAGGCGAGAGACGAGGAUCUUUUGUAUUGGAGAUUAACCAUCGAAAACCCUCGCACUAUUAGGCUCCAAAACAACGCUUGCAUAAAUUCAGAUAAACCUGAUUGGAAAACAAACGCAGGACCACAAUAAAUUAUUAUAUAAUCAACAAGAAAUAAAUUACACGCAUUUUUGAAACUGUAAUCUUCUUUAUUAUCUCUCAUGUUUCCGCAUUGUGUCAUAAUAUCAUUUAGCGUUGUCUUAGGUGUCACACAACUAACAACAAGUUUUAUUCGCUAAAUAAACGCUAGCAAAUAUCGUGGUACAUGUUUGUGUUCUGUAUCAACUAUUACCAUCCUCGUAAUUAUUAUUCUGUGUUAUUUUCAUAUGUCAUUUACCAGUAUCCUUCAUUUUUUGGUUUGGUUUGCUUUUGUUCGGUAUCAUAUUCAUCAUCAUCAUGUUUGUCAUUUAGCUUAUACUUAUUUAUUAUAUAACAACGUGAACAGCCGUAACUAUAACUAGAGGUACUCUGGCAAACUACAACAUGUUUGUCUCACUGCGUCAAUGAAACAAGUUUUUUUCUUUUUUUGUCAUCAUUUUCAUUUACUGGUAAUAAUAAGUGUAUAAAUACAAAAGGCUGCCUACAUUCGGUCGUCCUUCGCCUCUCUAACAUUUUUACAAAAAUUUCAUUUCAUUUGCUGCUUGUUUCCAGAUAGUUUUGAGUGAGUGUUUAGUACAAAUACAUAUUUAUUUAGUUAUUUCACUUGGUAGAUUUUGUGUUGCUAUUGAGAGCCAUA